AUGUCUAAAGGUGAUUUAAAUAUAAAGGACAUUGAAGAAGGAUGGGAAAGUUUGACCAAGACACUUCAAGAUAUCGGACCAGACGGUCUUUGGAGACUGGGAAGCGUCGAUACCAGACCAGAUACCGGCCUUCUUGUAGUAGUCGACAAUUGGCUCGGUUUGCUCGUGGUAGGUGACAAGUCUCUUCUUCAAAGCAUCAACGUUAUCGUCAGAUCUCUGGAUCAAUGGCUCGCCAGUGAUGUCGUCCUUCAUCUCCUGCUUAGGAGGGUUGAACAGCUUGUGGUAAGAUCUACCGGAAGCUGGGUGGACCAAUCUGCCGGUGAUACGGGCAACCAACAGCUCGUCAUCGAUCUUGAGCUCCACAGCUUUUUGAAGCGGAGUCUUGUUGGUGGUCAGCAUCUGGUCGAGCUUCUCGGCCUGAGGAAUGGUUCUUGGGAAUCCGUCCAAAAUGAACCCGUUCUUGCACUCCUCGUUGUUGGCCAACUCAUCCUUGAUCAUGUUGACCAUGAUCUCAUCAGAAACAAGCUUACCUUGGUCCAUGAUCUUCUUGGCCUCAACACCAAGAGGAGUCUUCUGGGCAACUUGCGAACGCAACAUGUCACCAGUGGCCAAGUGACAAGCACAGAACUUCUCCUUGAGGUUUGGUGCCUGAAACUUGACAUCCCAGCUGUCCAGCUUCAUGGUACCGUUCUGUUCCAAGUUCAGGUGCAUCUUGAAGGCGUCCUUCAACAGAUGUGGCUCGUGCAAAGUCUUUUUCUUGUUGCAGUAGAACUCAGCACGGUUGUAGUAGUCUUGCAACUGGUCUCUGUAGUCUGGGUGGGCACACUUGUGAAUAAUCUUGUGCACACGCUCCUUUGGAGAACAGCCUCUCAGAUCAGCAAGUCCGUAAUCGGUCACAAUGACGUCCAGAUCGUGCUCGGUGUGGUCAAUGUGCGAAGCAAAUGGAACCACACACGAAAUACCAGUAGGAUCGGUCUUGCUUGGUCUGGCUGCAGGAGUGUGCAUGAUGGACAGCUUGGCAUUUCUCAAGAAAUCUCCAGAUCCUCCCAAUCCGUUCAGCAUUCUCGAUCCGUUAACGUUGGUGGAGUUGGCGUGCGCAUAGAUGUCAACCUCAACAGGAGUGUUCAUGGCAAUGACACCGAGUCUUCUGAUGAUCUCUGGCGAGUUCGACACAACCUGCGAUCUCAAACACAGCUUCUUGGAGAACAAGUCCCAGUUGUCAAAGAACUUCUUGAAUCCGUCGUUAGACAGUCUGAUGGAGGUGGCAGUAGCAUAGUCCAUGGCACCGUUCUCGAAGAAUGGCAAGAACGAGUCCUGCAGAACCUCGGUCCAGACGGUCAGGUUCUCGAACUCGGAGUUGGCCAGACCUCCGAUAAUGGCAUUGGCAACGUUACCAAUACCGGACUGCAAUGGGUGCAGGUUGGAAGGAAGUCUGCCGGCCUGGACCUCGUGCUCGAAGAAGUGGAUCAGGUGGUGGGCGAUCUUCUGGGACACUUCAUCUGGAGCAGUUGGGUCUGGGACUCUGUCUGGAACGGUGGACUCGACCACAGCCACAACUCUGUUAGGGUUGACAGGAAUGGCAGUCAAGCCGUUUCUUUGGUCCACAGUGGUGUAUGGGUAUGGCUGUCUGAAAGGAGGCUGUUCAGGCAUGUCAAUGUCGUGCAAACCUUCAAAAGAAGGCGUGGCAGUGUUGACUUCGAUAAUGAUUUUAUCGGAGCACGCAAGCAUCUCCGGAGAAGCGCCAACCGCAGGACCAGGAACAAUGGCACCGUCCUCGGUGAUUGCGGUGGCCUCGACGAUAGUGUAGUCCAGCAGGUCAUUUCUCUUGUCCUUGGUGUAGUAACCGUAGAGCAGAUCUUGAGGGAACAUGGACAAAUGCUUGUCAAAGAACUGGGUUCUGUUUUCGUUGAUAGCCUUUGCGAUUGGUUUUCCAACCUGGUGAGGCGCACGUCUAAGGAUCAUGUCAUUUGCAGCCCAUUCAGACUCUUCUGGACCAGCAGAGGCGCCCACAAACAGAUUGAAGGCCAAUUUGCCUUGCAAGUUGUUUUUCGCAACGUGAUCAACCAAGGCUUGAGGAACAACUUUAGGAGCUCCCACUCCGGUAAACCCCGACCAUCCGAGAUACUGGCCGUGUUCAAAGAGAGGGAUACAUUCCUCAGGGGUUCUGAGUUUCUUGAGUACAAAGAUAGUCGUUCUGGGGACGUGAACUCGGAAGUUUCCAUGUUGAUCAACGGGUUGGGUGAAGGGUACGUUGGCGAGAAGAUAUCGUUAAGAUUGCACGGAUGGUCCCAUUUGCAGUUGACCAGUUUAAGAUCGUUUAGAUAA